AUGAGCAGCACUUCUAAUACCGCAACGACUACCGUCGCCUUGCCUCCCGCUCUGUCCUUGGAAAGCUUGUCUUGCUCGCACAAUGGCGGAGAAACCUGGCAGCUCCGGGACGUUUCGUACGUACUUCCCCGGGGUGCCAAGGUGGCACUCGUCGGACGCAACGGGACGGGCAAGUCCACCUUGCUCCGCAUCUUAGCUUCCCGGGCGUGUGCGGACGCUGCUGACGAAGCACAGAAUAUCAAAUAUACCGGACAAGUCGUGACGCCACGGGACGUCAAGGUUGCCUACGUCGAACAGGAGCCGCACCUGUCCAUGGACUUGAACGUCGCCGACGCCCUCUUGGGGUUCCGUGGCGACGGCACCGUCGAGACCAGUAGUGCCAAAAAUAAAUACGCAGCCGUCCGGAAAUACCGUCUAGCCGUCCAGGAAGCCGAAGUUAAGCCGGAAGCCUUUGCCCAGGCCUGCGCCGCCAUGGAUGCCUUGGAAGGAUGGAACGUCUGGACAAAAGCCGAAGAAGUCGCCACUAAGCUCCGCGUACGGCACCUACAAGAUCAGCCACUGGCCAAAUUAUCCGGCGGGGAACGGAAGCGGGUCGCAUUGGCCGCUGCGUUGGUCCAAGAACCCGACGUACUUUUGUUGGAUGAACCGACAAAUUUCUUGUCCCUCGCGGGGGUUCAGUGGCUGAGUGAUUUGCUGCUCGGUGACAAGAAGCUUACCAUUCUCAUGGUGACGCACGACCGAGCCUUUCUGGACGAAGUGUGCGAUCGAAUACUGGAACUGGAUCAAGGAUCCGUUUACGAAUACGUCGGAUCGUACGCCGACUACUUGGAAGGAAAACAGGAACGGCUCGCCGUGGAAGACGCCGCCUACCAGUCCGCCAAGGCCAAGUACGCGGUCGAGCUCGAUUGGAUGCGCCGACAACCACAGGCCCGUCAAACCAAGGCGAAAGCUCGCAUCGACGCAUUUUACAAGCUGGAGCAAGCGACCAAACCGAGACCCCGCGAUCCCACUCUCAAUCUAGCCAGCGAAUCCCGACGUAUCGGUGGCAAAAUUAUUUCCAUGAGAAACGUUUCGCUGAAAUUCGGAGACCGGACCAUGCUGAAAGAUUUUUCCUACGAUUUUUGCAAAGGCGACCGGAUUUGUCUGAGCGGCGGCAACGGCAUUGGAAAAACCACAUUUUUACGCGUGUUGACAGGCGAGCAACCGGCCGACGCUGGCGAUAUUGACAUUGGCGACACGAUCGUGCUCGGCGUAUACGAACAAAACGGCAUCGAAAUCGAGGACCCCGAGCAGACCGUGCUCGAAUUUGCCGUCGAGCAGGCCCGAGCCCGGGACGGAGCCAGCGCCGACGAAGGUCCGGACGACGCCCGAAGGUUGUUACGGCAAUUUGAAUUCCCUCAAGCCCGUUGGGCCGAACGCAUUUCGGUCCUCUCUGGUGGAGAAAAGCGACGGCUACAAAUGCUUUCAGUCUUUAGCCAACGGCCAAAUGUGCUGAUUAUGGACGAACCGUCGGUAGAUUGUGACUUGGAUACGUUGACGGCUCUCGAAAAGUAUUUGCAAGAGUUUGAUGGGGUGCUGCUGAUCGUCAGUCACGACCGCGCAUUCGCCGACAAGGUCACGGAUCACUUGUUUGUCUUUGAAGGACACGGGGAAAUUAAGGAUUUUCAAGGAAGUCUUUCUGAAUACGCGACCACCUUGAUUGAAUUAGAGAACGACCGUAUUGCGGAAGGGUCCCGCGGACAGGCUGAUACGGAAGAGAAAAAGGGAGCCUACAAAGAAGACAAGGCCAAACGGAACGAGCAACGCAAUCAAGUGCGCCGGGCAAAAAAGGAUAUGGUCAAUGUCGAAAAGGCGAUUGAAAAACUAAAAGAAACCGCAGCCUCGUACGAGAAAGAAAUCGACGUUUGUAGCGGCGAAGGCUGGACCAUUCUGGCCGAUUUGACUGACAAAUUGAACAAGGUGAACGAGGAAAUCGACGAGAAAGAAAUGCGGUGGAUGGAAUUGGGAGAGCUAGUGGAAGAGAGUGAGGUCGAAGCGUAA